GUAAGCAAUAUUUGAAUUCAAAUUUCAACAUUUUAAAUAUAUAGUAUCAUCAUAGUAGAAUAUGCGAUUUAUAAUUUUUUAACCAAGUUUGUUAUCUGGACUAUGGACUCUAAAAAAAGACAGAAGUACCAAAAAUAUAACGGGGAAGCUGUUAUGGCCGCUGUUGCUGAUAUUCGAGACAAUCAUUUUUCAUGAAGAAAGGCAAGUUUAAAAUAUCGAUGGUUAAGAGCACAAAGGGAAUAUAUCCAACAUAUUUUUUUUACUUAAAGGUCGCAAACCUGUUUUAGAAAAAGAGGACGAAGAAAGAAUAAACGACUUUUUGAUUAAAGCAACAAAAAUAGGAUAUGGUAUUUGCCAGAACGAUGUACCAAGCAUAGAAAAAAAUCUUUUAGACAAUAAAGAAAAGCAACACAUAACAGAGCAUUGACUUAACAAUAAAGAAAAAAACGAUAUGUUAGCUCAUAGAAAGUUUGUUAAUAAUCUGGCAAGCAAGUUUUGGAUCUACAGGUUUUUCAAAAGGCAUUCAGAUCUUGCAAGAAGAAUGCCUGAAAAUUUGGGCCACCAACGGCGAAACGUUUCUCGUGUUCAAAUCAAGCAAUGGUUUACUGACCAAAUAAAAGCUUCAGAGCUCCUAUUACCAGAAAACUCUAGUAGAGUGUUUAAUUUGGACGAAACAGGGUUUCCAUUAGCAGAGAUCUUGGGAAGGCUGAAAAUAAUUGCCUCAAAGGGUAUAAAGAAUGUUUAUCGCAUAGCCCCUGACACAAAAACGCAAAUAACAGUUCUUGGCUGUGUAUCCAGAGAUGAAAACUACCAAAAACUUCUAGUUAUAUUUCCAGGAGCACAGCCUUGUUACAAUUUAGACCAUGUAAAUCCAUCUGACAAUGUUCUUGGGCAAUCCAUUAAUGGAUGGGUUUCUUCUUUUUGUGGUUGUCUAAUGACUUCUAUCCAUCGGUAAAAGAAAUGUUACUUUUCCAAUAAUUGUUUUUAUGGACGGUCACUCAACGCAUAUCAAUGUCUGUGUCAGUAAGUUCUGUAGAGACAAUGGAAUUAUUCUACAUUGUUUUCCGUCUCAUGCUAGCCAUUUUAUACAACCCUUGGAUGUUUCUGUCUACGGGCCGCUCAAAACUUAUUGGAACAAGACAUUAAAAGAUUUUAACAAUCAGUUUCCUAACAUGUCGAUGACCAAGGUAAACUUUUUUUCAGUUUUCGACAUUGCAUGGAAAAAAGCAAAAGGUAAACCAGAUAAUGCUGUAUCGGAAUUCAGGAAAUGUGGGCUUAUACCACCUAAUCCAGAGGUGAUUGACUAUUCAAAACUGGUUGAUUCUUCUACAACAACGCGCCUGUUAUCUUCCAAGUUGUCACAAUCUUCUAAUUCCUCAACAGAAAUAUUUACUUUCUUGAGGUGCUUGAAAAAAAUGGAUUCGUUAUUACCAGAGAAUUUCCUAGUAACGUUUCGAAAAGGAUUAGAAGAAAGCUAUGACGUUGAGAGUGAUGCGACUACUUCUGGUCGGGAAUGGAUUAUGUAUAAGUAGUUGCACAUUAAUUCAAAUGAAAAAAUCUCCACCCCUAAACCAUUGCUCAGUUUUUAUCCAGAUGCCGUAACAUCAUGCGAAGCUGAAACACAAACUACAACUGUUACAGAAGUACAAACAUGCAAUAACUAUAUUUCUGGCACUUAAAAAAUGCGUCAACGGCUUCUCUCAAAAAAAGUCAUAUUGCAGAAGUCUCUCAACCCUGACUCAGCGUUUAUUAUAAAAUAAAUUAAUUGUUUUUUAUUUUAUUUGGUUUAUAAAAAUUUCUAAGUA